AUUUCACUUGGCUGAACCACUGGGCACUCCCCACUCACCCCAUCCUGGUCCAGCCAGAGCCGCCUGGUUCCCCGAAUCCCCAACCCCACCAACGCCCUCGACCACGACCACCGCGGACUCAGCUCCCGUCGGGUCACUAUUAGUAUUACAUGUACCUUGGAGGUACCACCUGGCACCUGGCUCCCUCCCUCCCUGCACUCAACACUCAGUCACCACCUAGUGUAGGUAUACUGCAUCUGGACCCCUGGAUACCUCCUACCACUUGGCUUUCUUACCAGACUUACCUUACCUACCUGACUACCACCUUACUGCAUAUUAACGACACCGCUCGCCAAAAGGUCGUCGAUGGAGCAGGCGCCUUCGUCGAGGCCCCGAGCACAGCAUGAGCGAUUUCAAGCGCUUCCUCUCCACUCGAAAACGGAAAGACACCCGGCGCAACUCGCACAGCCCUACGAAAAUUCGAGAUGUCACCGCCUCGUCCUCGAAACGCGCGACCCGUCCCCCUCAUUUCGGUGACCUGUGGUCCAUAUAUGACGACCCCAAGGUCAAGCCUGACAAGGAGGAGGAGAGGCGCAUCGCGGGCAUGCUCGAAAGAUUCCGCACCCAUGGCAUCGAUACCAUGACCGACGGGAAUGUUCGCUAUGCUCUCCGGACAACACAACACCGCGGCGACGGGGAAGACGCCUUCCGCCUGCUGAUGCUGCUGCAAGAGACCUACGAGGGCAUCGUGCGCCCAUACGUGCCCUCUACGCAACUGCUGGGAGCCAUUAAUCGCAACAAUGUGACCUGUUAUCUGGAUGCUCUGCUCUUCGCCAUGUUUGCGCGUCUCGAUAGCUUCGAAGCCAUGCUGUAUAACAACUUUGAAGAUGCCCCCCGAAGGAGGCUGGCGGGCCUGCUGCGUUUGUGGGUCAACAUGCUCCGCACAGGGCGACUCAUCACGACAGACCUGACGCGGCACAUCCAGGAAUCUCUGGCCGACUGUGGCUGGCACGAGGCAGCGUACAUGAAGCAGCAAGAUCCCUCCGAGGCAUUCACCUUCAUCACCGGACAGCUAGAGCUGCCCUUAUUGACCCUGAAAAUGGACUUGUACCAUACCGGCAAAGAGGAACCUCAGGACGAUCACAAGUUUGUCAAUGAACGACUGCUGGAGAUAGCAAUCCCCGAUUGUCCAUCUGUAGAGGGCAACGACAUUACGCUCGAAGACUGUCUGGAGCACUAUUUCAACAAUCGGGUCGAAGUCAUGAGACACCUCGAAAACCGGCGGCGCAACACGCUCAAGUCAGAUGCAGAUCCAGGGCAAGAAGAACCCGUCAAUUCGGAAAAGGACUCUGGCGUCCAUGUAGAGGUUGCCGAGGUUACGUCGAGCAUAACAGGGACGCCGCUGGUGCAGACCCCCAUCCUGGAAAGUCCCAUUGCUUCAACGCACCACAGCAAGGAUCCUUUCGAACGAAUGCGACCGAGCAUGGGACGCAAGCGUGGAAACAGUAUCUUCAGCCAGCGCAAGAUUGAGCUGAUCGGCGUCGACCCGGAAAAGGAGGUGCUCCAGGCUGGCAGUGAGACGGAACGAAAAAUGACCUCAAAGACUGAAGUUUUGAUGCCUGCCUGGCAGUUCUUCAAGCUUCUGCCGUGGUACACUGACCACAUGCCCACUUCGGACGCCCAAGUCGCAGCCCACUUUGCGAGAAAACGUCCAGUGCUCGGAAUAUGUCUCAAGCGUUAUUCGAUACAGAAUGAUGGACAAGCGACGAGGCGAGAUACAUUCAUCGACAUUCCUCUCGAGAUUGCUGUGCCAAAUUUUGUCAGCGAUGAGAAUAUGCAAGAGGAUGGGCCUCUGGUCGGGAACUUCCGAUUGAUUCUGCAAUCAGUGGUAUGCCAUCGUGGGACCUCCGUAAACUCCGGCCACUACGUCUCCCUUUGCCGUGGCACAGCAACAAACGCGAGACCAGAGAGCGACUCUGCCGACCCACGAGAUAGCACGUCAGACAGCGAAGAGAUCGAGGAUCCGUGGAUGAGAUUUGACGAUCUUGCUGCUUCGCGGGUAACCUAUGUCAACAUCCAGGAAGCGUUGAGACGGGAAACGCCAUAUCUGCUCUUUUACCAAGUGCAGCCGAUAGGAGACGAUGGCGACGCUCUUUAUGACCUACCUUCGUAUGCAGAAGCCAUCAGUAGAUCUGCAUCAGACGUCAUGACGCCAGAGGAGAAGCCAUACAUUAACUCUGCAUGCGGCUCAGAGAACCCUCUUGAGCGAAUUCCAUCACAAGCCCUAGAUGAUACCGCGCGUGUCACAUCGGAAAUAUUGGACUGGGCUCCAGGGACGCAACGGAAUAGUCUCGAUGCGAGUGGCAUCCUUGAUGGACCGAGGGGCCGCUCCAGUUUGCAAGCGGAUGAAUCGCGAAAAAGCGUUACCAUUGACGACGGCAGCCUCACUGGCAGUACUUCAGGUGGUAGCAUCCACACUGAACCCUCAGGCUCGGUUCCGACUACUCCUGCUGACGAGCAGGCGCCGGCGGAGCGGACGAGCUUCUUGGCUGUUGCCAGCAAGAUCACCAGUUCUCGACGAGCAGGUAGGCUCUCCAAAGAUGGCACACCGAAAAGCCGACCGACCAGCACUGGGCCUGGCAUCACUUCCAUGGGCAAUGGCAGUCGCUUCAGCCUCAACCUGAAUAUGACUAGGUUGACGCAAAAGAUGAGCAAAUCUGACAUGACGGCACCGACCAGUGCAGAGGAGGCACCAUUCACGACGAAAGUGACCGAGGUACUCUCUGCAGACAGGCAGUCUGCAGAUCUGGAUACACCUACCGCCCGGACGAGCGUACAACUCCACCGACCCGACUCUGGGGAGAGUGCCGAUGGGGUCAAGCCCGCACAUCGUCGUCAUCAUCAUCAUUCUCAUCACAUGCAUAGUCAUUCAGAUGUUUUGACGAAGAAGGAAAAGCAGGCGAUCAAGGCUUUGAAGAGGAAAAAAGCCGCGGAAGAUCGGGAUUGUGUUGUAAUGUGAGCAUACCUGCAUAAUGAAACGACAAUUGGGACAUUUUUGAUUAGCGAGGCGUUUUUUGGGAUGCUAUUGCAGUAUUUUACUGCUUCGAUUGGGAAUACACGCCAUGGUUACCUUGGGUCAUGGUCUGAUGCCGAUAGACGAUUGUACACAAGAAGAGCGUCUGAUGAUAAUGUCAAU